GAAGGAUGUUUGAUGGAGAGAUGGUGAGCUUGGAAGCGAUCCUGGCUACAAACACAGUGAAAGUGCCCAGGCCUGUGAAGGUCGUGGACCUUGAGAGAAGUGGAGCUCUUCUCAUAAUGGAACAUGUGGAGAUGAGGAGCUUAAAUAAAUACUCAUCAAAGCUGGGGGAACAACUAGCUGACCUGCAUCUUUACAACAAGAAACAGACAGAGAAACAAAACAAGGAACAGCAGACUGUUGGAAAAGGAUCAGGAACAUCUGAAAUUCAACUAGCCAACAAGUUUGGGUUUCACGUGGCUACCUGCUGUGGUUAUAUCCCUCAGGUAAAUGAUUGGCAGGAUGAUUGGGUGUCUUUUUUCGCCCAGCAAAGGCUGCAGUACCAGCUCAGCUUGGUGGAACAGUCAUAUGGAGACAGAGAAGCCAGGGAAUUGUGGGCCAAACUUCAACUGAAGAUCCAUCAGCUGUUUACAGACGUAGAGGUGGUUCCAGCUCUGCUGCAUGGAGAUCUCUGGGGAGGAAAUGUGGCCGAAUGUUCUGACGGUCCCAUCAUCUUUGACCCAGCAUCAUUUUAUGGCCAUUCAGAGUUCGAACUGGCUAUUUCUGGCAUGUUUGGUGGUUUUGGGAGCUCGUUUUACAAUGCUUACCAUGAGAAGAUCCCCAAGGCCGCUGGCUUUGCAAAGAGGCAACAACUAUACCAGCUGUUCCACUAUCUGAACCACUGGAAUCAUUUUGGUGGUGGCUACAGGGGUUCUUCUCUACGGAUUAUGAAGGAUCUAACAAAGUAGAUGCACCCUGAUUCAUAAAGUCAUUAUUAAUGAAGGUGGAUGCAUUGACAAAAAGUCUGUUGUCUUAAUAUAAUUUACACCGAUUAAAAAAAAAAAUCAUAUAUAUAUAGAUAAAACUGUACAUUUAUGCUUCCAAACAAUGGCCAAAAAUAAGUUGUUUAAAAUACAUAAUUCCUUUUUUGUUGUGAAUUGCACUUUAACUUGAUUAUGCUCUUGAAGAGAGCCUCAUUUACAAGACUGCUUGAUUUAAAAUGUGUGCACUGAGUAGCAUCAUAUGAUAAGUUGCUAACUGUUAAUCUACUGAUGAUUUAAAACGUCUUAUUAAAAGAGCUAGUGAGCUUGUUGUACUGUAAACUUGCAGCUUGCGGGAGUCUCAUCAGAUAUAUAAAGGAUGUUUGGACAUUCAAAUAAAACUUUU